AUGGUAAAAAUUUUGAAGCAAAAAUACUUCCCGAAAGUUGAUUUCAUGACAGCAAAGGUCACUUCAAGCGCAAGCUACACGUGGAGAUCUAUUAUAUCAGCUAGAGAUUUAGUGUGCAAAGGAGCAAGGAAGCUUGUAGGUUCUGGUAUGUCUAUUGAUAUCUGGUCAGACCCCUGGGUGCCUACACUGCCCUCCUUCAAAGUCCUUCCUUCACAGAUAAGACACGAGGAGAAACCUGCUGUUGUGGGACAGCUGAUUAGCAAUGGUGAAUGGGAUAUGGAGAUGCUGAACACUCAGUUCCUGCCUUGGGAAGCUGAGGAAAUUUUGAAGAUCCCGAUUGCUAAGUAUUGUGAGGAAGAUAGUUGGACUUGGCAUCAAUCUAGCAAUGGUAUUUUUUCUGUCAGGAGUGCAUACUAUAUGGAGUUAAAAUCGAAGAGUGUUAACCAGGCCACUACCUCUAGUGAUUCUGAUUCGAACAUUGUUGUUCAAGAAGCCCUUGCAAAACGAGGGAUGAGUGUUGACAAAAUGUGUCCGUGUUGUGGUGAGAUGGAUGAAACUUUGAUGCAUUCUCUUGUGCAAUGUGAAGAUACUCGUAUUAUUUGGUAUGUCUCACCGUUGCGGCUUGAUAUUCCCAGUAACCCUGCCCUCUCUUUUACAGACUGGAAUUUGUUCCUCUUUGAGAAGCGUACUGUUGAAAUCGAAGACAUAGUGCAGAAAGCUAUUGGGUUGGUGGGUGAGUUUGCAAAAGCCAAUGAGAAGCGUGGUACCAGAAGCAAUUCUGAGCAAAUUUUACAGAAUUGGUCCCCUCCUAGACCAGGUAUGUACAAGGUUAAUGCUGAUGCUGCUUGUUUCAGUGAGGGUGGAGUGGGUUUAGGGGCUGUUAUGAGAGAUUGGAAAGGGGACGUGAUGGUGGCUACCUACUGCAAGAUAAAAGGGAGAUUAUGUAACUCAAUUGAGUUUUCUCAUGUCGGGAGGGGAGGCAAUAGAGUUGCUCACAAAUUGGCUAAUGUAAGUAGAGAUUAUGAUGAGCUGAGGGUCUGGAUUGAGGAGUUCCCUCCUUCUGUUGCUGCUGAUGUAGCAUUUGAUGUAACCUGA